AUGGCCGCGCCAGUGCUCCCUCUUCCCCAGGUCAAGCUCCCGCAGCUGCCAUCGACCAAGCUGACGAGCGAACAAAUUUUCUGGAAGUCAUUCAAAAACCCUCUCCUCGUCUCCUCGCCAUCAAACAACCCAAUCAACCUCAUUACACAGCCAUCAAUCCCGUCGUCUUUAUCCGCCUAUCCUUCCGCUGCCCAACCUCCCGAUGUCUUCACCGUCACAACCGGCGCCCGAGUCCAGAUCUACUCCAUCCGGACACGAAAACUUCUCCGGACGAUCACGAGAUUCGACGACACGGCGCGGGGCACCGAUGUCCGACCUGACGGGCGCAUCAUCGCAGUCGGUGAUGACACGGGGACCAUCCAAGUCUUUGACGUCAACUCUCGUGCUAUUUUGAAAACAUGGAAAGAUCACAAGCAGCCCGUGUGGGUUACUAAGUUUUCACCCAGCGACCCGACAACAUUACUGAGCACAAGCGAUGAUCGUACAGUCCGACUAUGGAGUUUACCAAGCGAAAAUAGCGAAAGGACUUUUACUGGACACACGGACUAUGUCCGAAGUGGAGCAUUCCUACCAGGUUCCAUGGCUUCGAGCGGGUUGGUCGUAUCUGGAAGUUAUGACAGAACAGUACGACUAUGGGAUCCCCGUGUCGAUGGUCGUGCAGUGAUGACUUUCCAGAUGGGUGCUGCAAUUGAGUCCGUCUUACCUAUGCCUUCCGGUACUACGGUGCUGGCUGCUGCGGACAAUCAAAUCGCAGUCUUGGAUGUGGUUGGAGGCAAGCCGCUACACAUGAUCAAAAGCCACCAGAAGACGGUCACUUCGCUUUCUUUGGCUUCUAAUGGAGAGCGGGUUGUGAGUGGAGCCUUAGACGGCCAUUUGAAGAUUUUCGAUACGACAGAAUGGUCUGUAGUUGCUGGUUCCAAGUAUCCAUCUCCGAUUUUGUCUUUGAGUGUCCUCACAUCUGGUCCCGAGCGGGAGGAUAAGCAUAUUGCUGUGGGUAUGCAGUCUGGUCUUCUUUCAAUCAAGACUCGUCUUUCCAGCGAGCAGAAAAUUCGCGAAAAGGAGCGCCGCAAGGAAAUGCAAGCAUUGAUUGAAGGUAGAAUCGAAGAGUUUGAUAAGAAAGAAGCAAAGAAAGCCCGUGGUCGGGGUUAUGAGAAACGCAUACGCGGCCAUGACUUCCUCGGUGAAGGGGUCGAUAUCAUCAUUCAAGGACGGGAGAGCAAAAAGCGAAAGAAGGAGUCUGAUUGGGAAUUGGAUCUUCGUCAUGCUAGGUAUUCUGAAGCCCUUGACCGAGUGCUGGACGGCAGAGACAAGACUACACAGUUGACGCUGAUCACGGCAUUGCGGCACCGUUCAGCUCUACGGACUGCACUGAUGAACCGCGACGAGGUCACUCUGCAACCGAUUCUAAAAUGGGUGUAUAAACACAUCAUGGAACCACGUCUUGUCGGUAUAUGCGUCGAAGUGGGAAUGAACAUUUUAGACAUAUACUCUGGCAACCUCGGUCAGUCAGCCGAUGUGGAUGCACAGAUCAUCAAGCUUCACAGACGAGUACGCGAAGAGGUCGACUGGGCACAGCAAGCGUGGCAAACGAAAGGCAUGUUGGACAUGCUCAAAGUAUCGUGA